GCCGGGAGCACGAGCGAAAUCUUAUGGCGCUCCUGCGAUUUGCACCUCGCGCUGUACUUCCCGGAGAUGGAGGCGGAGGACACGAGAACGCUUCCAACACUUAGACCUGGCUUUGCUGCGGAGACGAGCUUCAUUUCGGUGUUGUGCUGUGGCGUCGGUGGUGGCGGGAAGUUCUUCGGACUCUCGACCUCGAGUCCUGUCAGAGAUCGAGGCCGUUGGCGAGACGACUUAAGUUGUCGCAAGACGAGGCUCCAUCGUCGAAGCCCCUCGAGAACUCGGUCGGUGAUGGCGACUGCGCCUUCGCGUCAAGUGUGGUCGUCGGAUUGAGCAGCCUCUUCUCACGAGAAAUGAAUUAAGCUUUGAGGGCUUACUGGCUUGCUGGCUCCUCGGUGAAGAUUUGGACGGUGAUCGUGAGCGGGGAACAUGUGCGGGACUCGUAGCCACUGGCCGUCUUCGUGUACUUCAUCAUUGCGGCAGAAUCAUGAAUGCUCCCAAACCCGGAAGAGGCUUAGGGUUACGAACGGAAUCCUUCUUCAAAGAUAUGGCUCGGGUGUGAAGAUUUCGUGCCUUCAUGGAUUAGAGCUUCUCAAGGCCCAGGAGGACCCUCUGAAUGCAUUCAAGGUCUGCAGGGCAGUCAGAUUCCCCAAGUCGAAAGGAGGGUUCCAGUUUCACGACUUUGGCUGGGCCGGCGUACCGUCGGAAUGGCCUCCUCGAGUAGCAGGCAAGAAGGCAGGGCCCAAGGGCCGGAAGGGCGUGGUGGUGAGCGUGGUGAAAGAUGCAGGAGCUGAUGGUGCGUCAGUGCUGCAUCUCAUAGGACCGCCUCAAAUUCAGCGACCAUCGACCGUCCGGGCACAGAGCAAUACGGCAGUUGCUCUCGACUGUAAGGUCGACAGCAGAGACGAUGUGGAAAUUGAAAGAACGGGUCUUGCUUUCAGAGCGCGACCUGCACCCAAGAGGACGACGAGGCAGACGAAGGUGAGAAUUAAAAGCCCGAGGGUCGCCCCGGCCAAUCCUCACCAGAGUUACAGACCGAGAGGAAACAAUUUUCAACCCUGCUCACCGAAGGUGGCCGAAGUGGUGGCAUCUUUGUUACGAUGCAAGAACGACUCUGGCGCUGUGGAUAUCGUCAUGGAAAAUUUCGACACCUUGUCCAAAGUAGACAUCUCCGGCGUUCUAUCAGAGUUACAACAGCGACAAGAGUGGAAAUGGACGCUUGAGUUUUUCAGCUGGAUGAAAAAGCAACCGUGGUACUUCGCCAAUGCCCGACAGUACACAAGGCUGAUUGGAUUUUUGGGGCGGAUGGGAAAGGUGGAUCUAGCAUGCCUCUACUUUCAGGAAAUGCUGCUUGAAAAGUGUAAGCCGGACCAAUAUACGUUUACUGCGAUGUUGAAUGCCUAUGGGAGAGCUAAGAUGUACGAUGAAGCUUUGGCAGUUUUCAGCUACAUGAAGGAAGCCCAAGAUGAGGAGUGCAAGCCAACGACGGUGACUUGUAACGCCAUGGUAGAUGCCCUUGUUAAGGGAGGACAGUAUGAGCUGGCAAUCAAAACAUUCAUGGACAUGCGAGAGGGGGCGAAUGGCCUCGAGAAAAAUUGUGCCCCGAAUGUUGUCACUUACAACAUUCUGAUCGAUGCUCUCUGCAAAGAGAACCUGGUGAAGGCUGCUAUUAAAGUCCUCUAUCAGAUGAGCAAGGGGGAUCCAGAGCACGCAAUAAUGCCCAAUGUUGCAACUUACAAUACCCUUAUCAAUGCCUGUGGAAAGAGUGGACUCUAUGACAAGGCGGAGGAACUGAUGGAACAUAUGCAAGGAUGUGGUGUGGAGCCUGACCGGAUAACUUACACUGCUCUCAUUGACGCCUACGGGAAGGCAGGGCAGUGUGAAAGUGCUGAAAAUCUAUUCAAAGGAAUGAAAGGUACUCACGUACAAGUCGACGUCAUGGCAUACACGGCAAUGAUAGAUGCGUAUGCCAGGGAAGGGCUUCACGAGAAAGCCCAAGAUCUCUUCCAAACGAUGUGCAGCUCGGGCAUCCGUCCCAACCAAGUCACUUACCUCGCGCUCAUGGAAGCUUACGGCAAAGCUGGUCUCCCAGAGGAAGCCAAAAAUGUGUACAUGUCGAUGCAGUCGCAGGGUUGUCAAGCGAAUGUUUUACACUACAGCGCCCUUAUCGAUGCUUAUGGCAAAUCUGGGCUACACAAGGAGGCUGCAGGCAUCUACAAGAUGAUGAAAAGGGCAGGAGUUCGACCUAACCUCGUGACUCUUUCGGCCCUCCUCGCCUCAGCAACUCGGUGCAACAGCUGGGACGACGCCAUGACCCUCAUUGCAUGCUUACAACACAGUGGAACGGAGUUAGAGCGAAGUCUAUGCACCUUGCUUUUGGGCGAGGAAAGCAUCGUCGUAGAGAGCGCGCUAAAACGCCUGGAAAACUUGAGGGAGCACAGACAGCUGCGCCAGUCCCUCUACAACUCACUGAUGGACGUCAUGUGGCGGUUCGACAUGAAGGCCAAGUCUGCUAAGGUUCUGGCUGUCUGCAAACAACAUGGCAUCUACGCUGAUGAAUACACAUCUGCCGAGUGGAAUGUAGAUCUGCAUGGUCUUUCUGUCGGGGGUGCAAUGACAGCUCUGAUGGCAUGGCUCUCGGAGAUUUACCUGGCUUGGCUUUGGGGAGAGGACACGCCACUGAAAAUGAGAAUAAUCACAGGAAAAGGGAAGCACUCAAGGUCCAAAACCUCGGCCUUGAAGUCCCCCGUCGAGGCUUUUUUGAGUGACCUGAAUUCCCCGUUUUCCAGCUCGGAUGAACGUUCAGGCUUCUUAGCUGCUUCUGGAGAAGACGUCCGAGCUUGGCUAUUUUCAGCUGGAAUCAAAGAGGGAUUGCAAUUGACAAAACUGGACAGCCUCAAAGACUCGGAAGGAGUGAUCUAGAUCUCCAACAAGCUCAACCAGCACCUUGCUGUUUUGGCUGAGCCCAAAGCGGGGACUCCUUCAUGGUACAGAUAUGAAGCACUAAAUUCCACGGGUGCUCAAUACGCGGAGAAGUAUGUAUAGCUCAUUAAUCGCCGGCCACUUAGUAUCUCACCUGAUCAAAAAGGGUGGUGUGGACGUUUUCAUUAUCUGCGGAGUUACCUCAAUCACUGAGCCUCGUUUCGGAAAUGUAUAGUAUACCAUUGUUAGAUUCUUCCCACGUAAAUACCCGUGGCAACGGAUUGCCGAAUAUAAUGUCCUUCAGUAGAUGCAGAGUGUAGGACGAUGUACCAUACCUUUGGGAGAAAGAACGCUGUAGAAUAUGUGCAACUGCGGUCUGUAAAGUAAAGAAAUCCUCUUCGCUCGCUUUUGGAAGUUCAGACGGCACCCUUGCCCACAAACAUUUUCUUUGAGAUUUUCCUGUCAACUGAAGGCCUACAUUAAUGUGGAGGAAGAAAGGUGCAUACCAACACGGUCCGGACAUCUCAAAACGUCAUCUAGGCUUGUGACAAACUGCCCUGGGAAGUCAAUGAAAAGAUCGGAUCUGAAUAAGUCUCUGUAACAAGAGAGGUGAUGUAUGGACGGGUAAACCAAUUUACAACUCGAGAUGGGAAUUGUGGGCAUCAAAACUGAGACCUUUACAGUUUGGCUCAUUUACGU